AUGAAGAUGAGACGCCAUAAGCUCUUUCUGACUCUCUGCAUGGCUGGUCUCUGCCUCAUCUCCUUCUUGCACUUCCUCAAGGCCCUUUCCUAUGUCACCUUCCCCCGGGAGCUGGCUUCGCUUAGUCCCAACCUCGUCUCCAGCUUCUUCUGGAACAAUGCCCCUGUCACACCUCAGGUCAGCCCUGAGCCAGGGGGUGCAGAAUUCCUCCGCACACCCCUGUACUCCCACUCUCCCUUGCUCCAGCCCCUGCCUCCCAGCAAGGCCAGUGAAGAGCUGCACAAAGUUGAGUUUGUGCUGCCAGAAGACACGACAGAAUAUUUUGUCCGUACCAAAGCUGGUGGCAUUUGCUUUAAACCAGGCACCAAGGUGUUGGAGAAGCCACCUGUGGGAGGGCGGCCGGAGGAGCGAGCGGAUGGCGCAGCAAAGCCUCUGAGCAUCAGCGGGACCAGGCGGCGCAAGUGGGUGGAGUGUGUGUGCUUGCCGGGCUGGCAUGGCCCCAGCUGUGGGGUCCCCACUGUGGUCCAGUACUCCAACCUGCCCACCAAGGACCGCCUUGUGCCGCGGGAGAUCCCCCGGCGGGUCAUCAAUGCCAUCAACAUCAAUCAUGAGUUUGACCUGCUGGACGUCCGCUUCCAUGAGUUGGGAGAUGUGGUGGACGCCUUUGUGGUGUGCGAGUCGAACUUCACGGCCUACGGAGAGCCGCGGCCCCUCAAGUUCCGCGAGAUGCUCCUCAAUGGCUCCUUCGACUACAUCCGUCACAAGGUACUCUACGUCUUCCUGGACCACUUCCCUGCCGGCGGGCGCCAGGAUGGCUGGAUUGCUGACGAUUACCUGCGCACCUUUCUUACCCGGGACGGCAUCUCUCGCCUCCGCAACCUGCGCCCAGACGAUGUCUUUGUCAUCGAUGAUGCCGAUGAGAUCCCGGCCCGCGACGGCGUGCUCUUCCUCAAGCUCUACGAUGGCUGGACAGAGCCCUUCGCCUUUCACAUGCGCAAGUCGCUCUACGGCUUCUUCUGGAAGCAACCAGGCACCUUGGAGGUGGUCUCAGGCUGCACCAUGGGGAUGCUCCAGGCUGUCUAUGCUACUGACGGAAUCCGUCUGCGGCGUCGCGAGUACUACACCAUGCCUGGCUUUCGGCAGUAUGAGAACAGCACGGGACACAUUCUGGUGCAGUGGUCGCUGGGCAGCCCCCUCCACUUUGCUGGCUGGCACUGCUCCUGGUGUUUCACCCCAGAGGGGAUCUACUUCAAACUGGUGUCAGCCCAGAAUGGGGACUUCCCCCGCUGGGGUGACUACGAGGAUAAACGAGACCUCAAUUACAUCCGUGAGCUGAUCCGGACUGGUGGCUGGUUCGAUGGUACUACACAGGAGUAUCCCCUAGCCGACCCCAAGGAGCAGAUGUACGCUCCCAAGUACCUGCUCAAGAACUACCAGCGGUUCCGCUACUUGUUGGAGAACCCCUACCGAAAAGCAGAGGGCGCUGGGUGAGGCCACCGGGGCUUGGGUGGGAAAUCAGAACUUCACAACAAAAAGGGUGUUUUUGU